AUGCUACCUGACUUUUUGCAGAGCAGUUACGCCCGCUAUAAAGCGGACACCAACACAUUUGCAACAUGGCUACUGGAGACAGCUAAUCGAUGCGGCUAUCAACCGCCUACCCUCUCUGCUACCCUCCCCACCGCGACGAAAAAAGGCAAACGCAAAGGCAAGAAGGGCGACUCUGACGCAGAGCCCGUUCAGUAUAGUGCCACCACUACAGAUCUGCAAAAGUUCGCCGAGGUCGUGGCCGGUUCGGCUCUCCCAGUACCCAAGUCGGUCCUUGCCCUUGCGAAGCGCGCCAUCAAGCUGAGAAAAGCGGUCACAUCCUGGUUUUUGGGCCAGGGUGACUCUGCGAACAACAAGCGUCAUGCCCAUUUCAUCACGGCGCUGGAGCAGAUCUGCGAGACUCUGGAGUGGAAGACCAACCAGUCCUCAACGAAGCCGGACGCUAAGCAGCCUCAAGCCGACGACGUCGAUGCCGACCAAUUCCUAAACAGAUUCGCGGUCCUCACGGUGGAGGAGCCCAAGGACACUGCGCCGUCGCAACCGACGCCCGCAGUGUCGAAGAAGCUCGUCAAGGUUACCGUCGAUGAAGAAGAGGACGAGGACGAGGACGCAGCGGACUCGUACCUGGGCCAGCUGUUCUUCAAGACCCUUUGCUUGGUGCAGGAUCUGGACAACAUGCGCAAGUUCAUUUCCAUCACCUGGGCGGAGUAUCACGAGAAGAAGAUCGACCUCAUGAAUGCCGCUGUCGUGACGGACAGUGCUUUGCAACUUGCCCAAGAUCUGGUCAAGGAGGUGGAAGCGGACUGGCGCACCUCGCUGUCCGGGCGGAAGGGUGAUGUCCAGACUGUGGUCUACAAUCUUGCUGCUCUCUCGCGCGGCAUCUUUGCGCCGCCGUCCAUGGAGGUUGGCCUGCCCUACAACGAGAACCUGGCGGAUACCGCUGAGUGGUGCUAUUUGCCAACAAAGAUCCUGCUUGAGUCGUUUGCGAAUGUCCUCCAGGCGAAUCAUCAGCCAGUCUUCAGGAAGGGCCACUUCGGCAUUUAUGAUCCGAAAGCGGACAGAGGGCGGAUGUCUCUAGGCCAAAAGUUCAACGAAGACAAGAUCAUCCUUCUCUCGAUAUUGCCCGAAUUUUGCAUGUUGAUACGUUCGGCAUCCACUUGCCUGCGGAGGAUUCAAUCACUCGGGGCUUGGUUGAGUUCGCUAAGACCAAAAAGCACCUUGGGCGCAUUUGGAGAUCUCCGCAUGUCUGGACUUCGCAUCCAGAAGACCAUCGAUGAUUACCUGCAACUAUCUAAGACACACCCUCAGCCCAAGUUCUGGCCUAAGGAGGGUGAUGAGGAGAUUCGGAGCAUCAGUUCAACCGUGGACGCAUGGAUCAAAGGAGAUGUGUUCUUCGAUGUUCGAGCCUUGUCUAAAUUGGACAGGGUUGGCACUCCGCCCGAGAAGCAUGCGCUCUUCUCGCAGCACGCUCUCCUCUGCGGCUUGGUCCUGUUCCACCUCAAUAUUCGAAUGCAGCGUGUGGGCCAGGAGCUUGUCACCCGGUGGUACGACGUUCAACAGCUGGCCUUCUUGCACAACCUUGUCAUAAAUGGUGCCAUGCAUAAAGACCUGAGGUGGCCCGACAUGGAUGCAUUUGUCAAGAUCCAUGGCGAGUCUCAUAUUUUCGUGGGUGCACGGCCCAAGAACGCCAGCGAAUCUCUGAAUAGGCUUGAGCUGGCCACCGGCAUCUCGUCCGCAACCCAUUUCGCCCGCGAUUCGCGGGGCAGCGGACCAUUCCAUAAGCCCGAUGGCAAGAACGCUCGUAUGCUCAAGCCCACCACUACCGUCGCGAACUUGUUUUUUACUCAGUAUGUUAGUGGUGGUGGUCCUGGCGAGGAUGUCGGGAUUGUGCACAUCGACAGCAUCCUGGACGAACUUUCCCAGAAGUCGAAGCUUGAAUCGUCCUCCAGCAAGAAGGAGCUCCAGCAGAGAGCCAACCCGGAACUGAUGCUUACCCGACAGUGGUCGAAUUCCCACAUCAUCGACACGCUGCAGCUGCUCGCCUUCCUGAAGACCAAACUCUUCGAAGAGGAGCCGAUGAUCCUGUACAACUACUUCGGCAUGCACAAACGCUCCCUCGAGCUCCUGCGCCUGAUCCGCAGCAAGAAGCACCACAAGUUCGUCCAGUACUUCACCGAAGGAUACAUGCCCAACGAGUCCUUCAUCUCCAACAUCGUCCUCCUCAUCCAUCACGUUGCGCGCGGCUCGGCCCAGUCGGCGCGUGCCAUGGGACUGGGAUCCGGCGACGGACAGGAGCUGGUGAGUCGCAUCGUCAUGAGCGCGGGCGACGUCAUGCGGGACUACCUGAAGAAGAAUGGGGAUGUGGCCUGCAAGGAGCUGCGGGUGUUCUGCAAGAACAAGAAACCCAUCCAGGAUGAUUCGGCAUACGAUGCGGGCGAUUCGAACGCGCUGAUAGCUUACUGGUUCAGCCUGGAGGAUGUGCUGGGCCCCAAGGGGUUGGCCUCGCUGAUGACGGGGAUUCCGGUGGCCUAG